CAUCGAAAAUCCAAUUCAAUUCUUUAACCAAAACUAAAACAGAGUUUCGAAAAGAUAUAGAAAAAAAAAAAUACAAAACGCAGAGAGGAAGAAAAUGGUUGAUAUGGAUUGGAAGACGAAGAUGGUAUCAUCGGAUUUACCAAGCAACUCACCUAAGCUUUCUUCAAAGCUCCACGUCACUAUUCCGUCUCCGUUCAAGGUCCCUGUCUCCUCCUCUCCCAUCUCCUGCUCCGCACCCGCCGCUUGCUCUGCCUACGAGCUCUACCUCCGCCUCCCGGAGCUUAGAAAGCUCUGGUCAUCUCGUGAUUUUCCUACCUGGACGCCUGAACCGAUUCUCAAACCGGCUCUCCAGGCCUUGGAGAUCACUUUCCGAUUGGUUUUAGCCGUUUGUUCCGACACCAGACCGUACAUCAACCACCGCGAAUGGAACCGACGGUUGGAUUCGCUUCUCACGAACCAGAUCCAGCUCGUGUCAGCGAUCUGCGAGGAGGAAGAGGAGGAAGAAGAAGAAGAAGGUGGAUCAGCUCCAGUCGGCGAUGGACGGAGCUCGCUUAGCCUGCUCCCGCAGCUAGCCACGUGGCGGAAAUCGGAGGCUAUUGGGAAGAAGGUCUUGUGUACGAUCGAUAACGAGAUGCGUCGGUGUAAGUACACGCUCGGUCUCGGGGAACAAAACAUCGCCGGUAAACCGAAUCUCCGGUACGACGCGAUUUGUCGACCGGAGGAGCUAUACCGGCUAAAGGAUAACCCAUUCGCGGAUCAUAUCGAUAACCAGGAGAAUCAAACGCUCUAUAUCCUUCACCAGAUCCUCGAGUCGUGGAUCCACGCAUCUGGGAAUCUCCUAAACCGAAUCGUCUCGAGUAUCGAGGAAGGAAGAUUCGGGAAAGCCUCCAACGAUGUGUUCAUACUCGAGAGGAUCUGGAAGCUUCUCGCGGAGAUCGAGGAUCUUCAUAUUCUAAUGGAUCCGGAGGAUUUUCUCAAAUUGAAGAAGCAGUUACAGAUCAAAUCGACGGGGAAAAACGACGCGUUUUGUUUCAGAUCUAAAGGAUUGGUGGAGAUGAUGAAGAUGUCCAAGGAUCUGAGACAGAAAGUGCCGGCGGUUCUGGAGGUUGAGGUUGAUCCCACCGGAGGACCGAGAUUGCAGGAGGCGGCGAUGAGGCUGUACGCGAGGAAAGGAGAUUGCGAUAAGAUACAUCUGCUUCAGGGGAUGCAGGCGGUUGAAGCGGCGGCGAAGAGUUUCUUCUUCGCGUAUAGGCAGCUUGUGGCGGCGAUGAUGGGAAGCGCGGAGACGAACGCGACGGCGAGUCAGGAGUCGUGUGACUCACUGAGUCAGAUAUUCAUGGAGCCGACGUAUUUCCCGAGUCUUGACGCGGCUAAGACGUUCCUAGGAGAGUUUUGGAGCCAUUUGGGAUGAAGAAACGAGGAACAAACAAUUUUUUUUUUUUUUUUUAAUUUUAAAUCCCGCUUGCUAUUUAUAUAAUUUGAUUAGAUGUAAUGUAAGUUACUGAAAAUUUUGGAACAUCAUAUUUGAAUACAAAUUCAUUUUUAUAUAA